UCCAAAAGAUCCGGUAAGGCUGAGAAGUUGCGCUGACGAAUGCAAGUUUUUCACUUUUAUUCUUGAAGGUUGGCGAAACGAGGAUGCUAUUGGGGGCUGGGAUGUCACCCCACAGUGCAACUACAAUUAUCCUCCUGCUUCGAACUCUGAUGAUAUAGCCGAACACUCACUCACCCACAAGCAAAGCAACAAGGAGGCAAAUCCAUCGCAAGAGCUGACAGAAGAAACAACCAUGAUGAGAAAGAAUUGGUUGCAAUCCCUCAAGAAUUUGUUUGAUAGCUCCAACAAAAAGGACGACGCAACGACGUUUCGCAUGUCGCCCCUGGAUCUGUUCAAUCCACUCCACGAAGCAGCGUUCCCAACCCGGUCGAUAACAACGACCGAAUCCUGUUCAAUCCAUCGAGUCGAAUCGAAGGGGCGGAGAACGAGCGCCAUCACCGCGGCGUCCUCUUCAUCCGACCUGAACGACGAACUGGACAGUCUCAGCUGCUCGUCCAUUAGCAGCUUUGGCAGCGACAGCUCUCGCGUCUCCUUUUCCCUGCAAGUACGUGUCCUGGAGAUUCCCUCUCACAGAGACUAUCCGGAAGAUACUCGAGGCGCCCUCUGGUCCAACUGGGACGAUCAGCAACAAGACCUCAAGCGAAACUUAUUCGAGUUUGCCGUCGAUGGCAUGGACUGGAGAUUGGCGACCGAAGAAGAGCACUUUGCCCCCUUGCCAUCCGGCGAACUGGUACAUCCCGCAACGUGGAUCCGGUCCGCACCGUCUCCCCGACUCUCUUCGAGACGACGAAAAUCACGACAGAGUCGCAAUCAUAAUAAUAAGAGCCACACGACGCGACCGUCUCCGCCAAGCUACCUCCCACGUAGACAACGCCCAGAACCAACGAUGAUGGCAUCUGCAAUACAGAGACCCAUGUACCUGUCGCCCUACAUGAGACCAAAACAUUGGCAAGACUAUCAGGGACACACGGCCAGCAGCCCCAUGUCGUCGUCGUCGUCGUCGAGUCCAGCAGUCCUUCUACCACGCAAAAACCGUGCCCGAAAUGUCUAA